UUCAAAUCAAAAUCACAUUCUUGUCUCUCAAUUUCAAGCUCUCAUCGGAAACCGCGAUCCGGAUUCACGAUCAUGAGUCGUAGUAGCAAUCGAGAUUUGUGGUCGGAACUGGUCGCCGAAGAGGAAGGCGAAGGGGGCCGCCAUCAUAAUCAGCAGCCCCAAGCGAUUUACCGGCGUCGGCUCCCCCAAUCCCGUCCGGAGCCGCCUCCCGCUUCACUCCAUCUGAAUCGUCCGAGUUUCGCUGUUCCACCUCCCGUCAAGCGAGUCAGCUGGAAUCGUUCCCUUUCUACCAGAGGGAGGGUAAGCAUCGCCGUUUUCGCUUCUGUAGACGAUCGGCCUCAAAAGAGGGAGGGUAAGCAGAAGCCGCCGCCCAGGGGAAACGGGAACGCAAAGGGGAAGGGAAAGGGAAAGCCGCCUGUUCAUAGACCGCAGCCUCCAAACUUUGAGAAAGAACUGGAAUACUUCAAAGAGGUGGAUGCUUUCGAUCUGCUGGAAGAGAGUCCUUCUCCCAAACACAUUUCCACUUGGGUCGCAACCAAUGAAGCGGAUGCUGCUGCUGCCGUCAAGCCUGUCUCUUCCAGAUUACCCAAUUGGUUAAUCUCACACAACUUCAACUCCGACUCCAAUCUAUCCACCACAUUGUCUAAGAUACUUGAAACUCCGGCCGUGCGUUCCGCUAAUGGCGUUGGAGGGUUUAAGUUGAAGACCCCAGAAAAGUCUGCCUCCAAUAUCCGUUCUUAUAAGCAUUCUACCCUGGCAAGAAUCCACGCUUACUUGGAAGAUCAGUUUGUUGCCCAGACAGACAGCGGCGAGGAAACUAUGUCUGGUGAUGGAUGCCGAGACAUUGAGGCAGCUGUUAAGAAGCUGUCUCUGGCUUCGACAUCUUCGUUGGAUCUUGACUUUGCGGAUCCUUUCCCUGCUCUGUUGGCUUACUGUGGCCAAUCAGCCCCAUCAACGUUACUAGAUGUGUUCUCCAAAUACUGCGACCCAAAAGAUAUUGUCAAACUGGGUGAAGGCACUUAUGGAGAAGUCUUUAAAGUGGGCAACACUGUCUGUAAACUAGUACCAAUUGAUGGAGACUCGCGUGUUAAUGGAGAAAUACAAAAGAGAUCAGAAGAACUCCUUGAGGAGGUCAGACUUUCAAAAACUCUUAAUGCUCUAAGAGGGGAUGCUGCAGCUCAAAAUGCAUGCACAACAUUCAUAGAAACUCUGGAGUACGUGUCUUUACUCUUACGUCCUAAAGCCCUCCCUUUGAUUCUCUUGCUUUUCCUUUCAGCAAUUAUUGUCUGUUUCUGGUUAAGGGUGUGCCAAGGUCCUUAUGACCCUGUAUUGAUUAGAGCAUGGGAAGAUUGGGACGAGCAGAAUGAUUCAGAAAAUGAUCAUCCUAAGGGGUUCCCUGAGAAACAGCGGUAUGUGGUAUUUAUAUUGGAACAUGGUGGCAAAGACCUUGAAAGCUUUGUGCUUAAGAACUUUGAUGAAACACGUAGUUUACUCGUCCAGGUAGUAUCUGGUUUGGCAGUUGCAGAAGCAGCAUUUGAAUUUGAACAUCGGGAUCUUCAUUGGGGAAAUGUUCUCUUAAGUCGAAAUGAUUGCACCAAAGUGCAGUUUACCCUCGAAGGAAAGAAAAUGAUUCUCAGAACAUUUGGAUUGUCGAUAUCCAUAAUUGAUUUCACUCUGUCCCGAAUUUGUACUGGUCAAGAUAUACUCUGCUUUGAUAUGUCAUCUGAUCCUUAUUUGUUCAAGGGACCAAAGGGGGACAAACAGGCAGAAACAUAUAGAAAGAUGAAGGAGGUAACACAGGAUAUUUGGGAAGGAAGCCACCCAAGGACAAAUGUCUUAUGGUUGCUGUACUUGGUUGACAUCUUGCUUCUGAAGAAAUCAUUUGAACGUUCUUCUAAACAUGAAAGAGAGAUGCGCUCACUGAAGAAGCGGUUGGACCAGUACAACUCAGCCAAAGAAGCACUCUUUGAUCCUUUCUUCAGCGACUUGUUGGAGGAGGUUAACACAUGAAGUCAAGUCACAAGCGGAAACAGCCACGACACUAGAGGUGCUUCUUUCAGUUCCCGCUGCUUGUUUACCUAUACAUGAACACACACAUGAGGUGCUAGGGAAAGCUCGAUGAGCAGGGUAUUUAUAGAUUGAGGUUGUGAAAGUGUUAAGUUGGUCAGGGAGUUAAUUAAGUGUAGUUAGGAUUGCACCAACGAAUGAUGCUGAUUUCUAUAUAUCUCCAUGCUAGACUAUUCUGCUUGAUCUUUAAUCUGAUGCUGGAGAUAAUGGGAAUUGUGGAACACUGGAACUCGAUAAAGGAAAGAAAAAAAUGGGUUGAGGCAGGGUGAAUGGAUAGAGUACUAGGAAUGUGAUUCAGAACUCCCGAUUUUAGCGCUAGAAUUUGAUGGGGAUGGUUGCUCGUACUAGGAAUGGGUUUGCCAUUGUGGGAUGAGAUCAUGAGAAUGAGAUGGUGCUGAGUAAUGUGGGUUUCUCUGCUUUAUAAACCCUUUUAACUAUAACUAACAAGCUCUAAACGUAUUGCAUAGCUGACAUUGGUUGGUGCCUGAAGUUGGGGACAUUUGAUUUAAGACUUGUGUGUGAGUGCUGUUACUUUUCCUGUCCCUGUUAUAUUAUGAUGAUGCUGAUCAUCCUUUUCUUCUUGUGUCUUUUCCUUUUUGAAAAGACUAGUAGUAUAAGAAUGGAUCUUGUGUGAUCAUCCCGCACUCCGGAGGGAGGCAGUAGGGACGUUUCGUCGAACUGUAAAGUUCGGCGGCGGGUAUGAAACAACAUGCCCCAACCACAACCCAAUUGCCUGUUUGUUCGCUUUAGUUUCUUCUUAACUUUGGUUUGUAAACUUUGUAGUAGUCUGAUUCCACAUCGUGAAGGUUAGGGGGAUUGAGAAUUCUGGUAGGCGGAAUAUUGCUCCUAUGCUUUUCCUUUCCCCCUAGAGCUGUAAUCAUGCAUACGUCGGAAAAGUGGCAGUAAGGUUAGUGGUCGCCGGUAGUGUUCUGUAAAGGAGGUGAUGUGUGUGCUUUCUGCAGAUCAGGCCUAGUCAACAGAAGCUGCUUUUGAUUCAUAUCUCUCUCUCUCUCUCUCUCUCUCUCUCUUCAUUUAUGUUUUUGCCUUGUACAAAGUCGGAUAUCAAUCCAUGUGGGAGGAUUUGUUCUCUUGAGUGAUGAGUCUUGUCUCUCUGCCCUUUUUUCUUGCUUCCUUCAUGCAUCUUCAUAAUAAAAUAGCAAGCAACUUCCACUCUUUCUAUCUUCUCCCCAAUUGGUCUAAUGAGAAUUAGCAGUAUAUCUUAUCCCCAGCUAAAGCACUUUUAGUAAGUUGUU